ACCACUUCCGGUUCACAGGUCAGGCUUGAAUGGGGAAGUUUCACUGCACUGCAUAAUACUGAGCACACAGUAAUUAUCUAAUUACGAAGCCGGUUAAAAAGUUAAUACACAACGUCUUCAGCAUGUCUUCUACAUUAGGGACGCUGCUUGAAAUGGGAUUUCCACAGAACAGAGCAGAGAAGGCCAUUGCUAUAACGAAUGACCAAGGUCCAGAGGUUGCUAUGGAAUGGCUUCUUGCCCACAUGGAUGACCCUGACAUUGAUGAGCCAUACCAGCCGCCUCAGGGACAUGUGCUCGGGAAAAAAGAGGAGUCAGUAGCAGCUCCCACAGGCCAGGAGACAGGUGCUCAGGAGGGUGCAGAAACACCCAUGGAGACAGGGGGCGCUGCUGAGACAGCCACAGAAGAAAGUGAGACCGCUGCAGAAGGGGAAGGAGAAGAGAAAGAGCAGGAGGCUAAGUGUCUGGUCUGUGAUGAGUGUGGCAAGAAACUCAGGACUGAAAAUGAUGUACAAAUGCACGCUGUACGAAGUGGUCAUCAGAGUUUCUCAGAGUCCACUGAAGAAAUAAAACCUCUGACGGAGGAGGAGAAGCAAGAACAACUUCGCAAGGUCCAGGAGCGUCUGAAGCAGCGGCGACAUGAGAAGGAGGAACAGGAGAAGAAGGAGGCCAUUGAGAAGGAGAAGAUGAGGAGGAAACAGGGCAAGGAACUGGUCAGCAUCAAGGCUCAACAUGACUAUGAGCAGUCCAAGAAGCUUGUUGCAGAGAGGAAGAGAGAAAAAAUGGAGGAGCGAAUAGCCAAACAAAGAGUUAAGGAGCAGAUAGAGAGAGACAGACUGGAGAGGGCUGCCAAGUUUGGCAAGGCAGGCACACCUGUCGCUCCCCUGCCUGGAGCAGCCCAGGCCCCCCCAGCCCCACCUCAGGUUGAGGCUGCACCUGAGCCCAAGAAGGACUACGAACAAACACGCAUUCAGGUCCGGCUGUUUAAUGGCACUGCCCUGACACAGAGUUUUAAGGUCCAGGAGGAGCUAGCCGCUGUGCGACUGUUUGUGGAACUGAACAGAACAGAUGGAGACCAGCCGUUCCAGCUCAUGACCACCUUCCCAAGAAAAGUCUUCACUGAGGAGGACAUGCAUAAACCACUGAAUUUAUUAGGACUAGUACCAUCUGCAGUUCUAGUGCUGACCAAACUACAGUGAUGUGAUGUUUGUCUCUGACAAAUAACCAGUAAUCUGCCCAUGGCAUCAAGAAACACUCAAAUGUCUUACCUACAGCUGCUAAGGAACCAAGGAGCCCAACAGCAGAUGAUAUAGAAUAAACAGUACAUUAAAUAGUAAACAGCUACAUGAUCAGAGAAAAUAAAUGUUCCACAGUUUUGGAUGCAUUCUGCAACAUAUAUUGUAGAACGCUAUCUUCAAAUCUAUCAAACACUGUUUCUGUUUUCAAACUUUGCUGUAGGUUUGAAAAAAAAUUUGUCCAGGUUUAGCUGUUCAGAUGUUGCUACCGGAUAUGGUGCCAUUGCUUUAUCAACAAACUACAUUGAACAACUGAUACUACUAAAACUAAAGUUAAGUAGAGAUAAAGCAACCUAGAAAUGUAUUGGUUAAACCAAUCAAUAUUUUUAAUCACAGUUGCUGCUGACAUAUAACCGGUAAUACAUAAUCUUAACAGUAGUGCUAGAGGUUUUGUUGAGGUCAUAAUGCAAUAUAACCUAUUACUUUUGAGUUGGUGCCAACCACCAUCACUAAUUUCCAACUGACUAAGCAGUGACCUUACAACUGGAAAUUUUGGUUGGUUGGUAUCUUGGAGAACCUGUCCAGACCCUGUGUACCCAAGCAAACUGGAUAGGCUAUUUGAGGAUGAUUAAAGUUUACCUGAAAUUAUGUGUCUGUAAUGGUUUAUUGAAUUUUAGUUAGACUACAUGGAAUCUAUAUAAAAAGCAAGAGCUCUCCAAUCACCAUUGAAGCAUCCUUUACAAAUGGAUAUUGUAUUUCUCUAACAGCUAAGAGAUGGUUCAAUUAAGAAUAGAAAAUGUUACAUCACCUGAGGACAUUAAAAUU